AUGCCAAAGGACAACAAGAAAGCUAAGAAGGUUGACAAGAAGGCCAAGGUCGAAAAGGAGAAGAAGCCAAAGAAGGAGAAAGACCCAAACAAACCCAAAAAGCCAGCAUCAGCUUACCUCUUGUAUUGCCAAGAAGUCCGACCAAGUGUCAAAGAAAAGAAUCCAGAAAUGAAGCAAAAAGAUAUUCUUGGGGUCAUUGGGAAGAUGUGGAAAGAUCUUUCCGAGUCGGAGAAGAAGAAGUAUACCGAUAUGUAUGAUGCCAACAAAAAAGUCUAUGAAGAGCAAGUCAAGGCUGAUGAAGGAAAGGCAAAAGAGGACUGA